AUGGCGCCGACACGAUGCCAGCAUCGGGGCACACGGCGUCAAAACACGCCACCCUCCAUUCCAGCACUUCAAGCCGAUACAGACUUAGUGGUUGGUGCACUGAAAGAAAAUGAAGAUCAAGAUGCCAGGACGUUGUCAGCCCCCAAAAUAUCAGGACUAGAACGGAGUCAAGAGAGGAGUCAGGACAGCGAUAAAGAUCCAUUGCUCGACCCUGUUGUGCCUCAAAAUCUUUGCCCUCAGGUUUCUCAGCCUUUCGUCCCCCCUCAUUUGGAAUCAUCUUUAGAGACGCAUUCUCCAAUCCCUGCUGUGAUCCAGCGGUCGGAGCCUUCUCGUUCCUCACAGCCUGAAGCACCACAGAAGCUCCAGACCUCAGAGGUGGCCCAGCAUCCCACAACACCUCCAUCCCAAAUACAGCGCCCGCUAAGGCCACCCUCUCCUGGACAUCAAAAUUUGCCAUCCUCCCAGCUGCGUCCUCCAUCCUGCAGCCUUGCACAACAACUCUCGGGAUAUAACAGUAGCAGCUUGAGCAUCAACAGUUUGAGCAGCAGCAGAAGCAGUACUCCUGCUAAGACUCAGCUGCCGCCGCCGCCGCCUCCUCCUCCACCACCACCACCCCUUCCACCUCCACAUAUAGCCCACCACACCUCAGCAUCACCUUUCCCCCUCUCUUUGCCAAACCACAACCCGCUCCAUACCUUUCCACCCACCCUUCAGCCUCCUCCCCACUCCCAUCACCCCAAUAUGUUUGCCCCUCCUACAGCAUUGCCCCCUCCUCCUCCUCUGACAUCAGGGACACUGCAGGUUCCAGGCCAUCCUGCUGGGAGUGCUUACUCAGAACAAGAUCUUCUCCGCCAGGAACUGAAUACUCGAUUUCUGGCUUCCCAGAGCGCUGACCGAGGUGCUUCCCUGGGCCCACCACCUUAUCUGAGGACCGAGUUCCACCAGCACCAGCACCAGCACCAACAUACGCACCAACAUACGCACCAGCACACCUUCACACCCUUCCCACACGCAAUCCCGCCCAGCGCCAUCAUGCCAACUCCAGCACCUCCCAUGUUUGACAAAUACCCUACAAAAGUUGACCCUUUCUACCGUCACAGUUUAUUCCACUCCUACCCUCCAGCUGUAUCAGGGACCCCUAUGAUUCCUCCUAGUCCUUUUGGCUCACUACAAGGAGCAUUCAACCCAAGGCGGCGUGGACAUGACGUCUUUGCAGCACCGCGAGGGUGCCUAGAGCGCCCUUUCCACGGUGCUGCCCACCACACCGGCCCUCCUUUUGGCCAUCCUCCGCACCACAGCAACUUUCUUAACCCGGCUGCCCAUUUAGAGACUUUUAAUCGGCCCACAACAUUCACCAGUCUUGCCGCUGUGAGCAGCAAUGCCUUCGGGGGACUCGGGAACCCUGCUGUUACACCCAACGCCAUGUUCAGCCACAAGGAAUGUCCCAGCAUACAGAGCUUUAACAACCCUCAUGAGCCCUGGAAUCGUCUGCACCGAACUCCUCCUUCCUUCCCGACUCCUCCGCCCUGGCUGAAGCCAGGUGAGCUGGAACGCAGUACCUCUGCUGCAGCUCAUGAGCGUGAUAGAGAUCUAGAUAAAGGAGACUCUUCUCUUAAUAAAGAUGACAAAGAAAGGGAAAGCAUGGAGAAAAGACACUCCAGACAUCCUUCACCUGCACCUAUCCAUUCUGUGAAUUCUCUUGGACAUAGUCGCAGCUCAGCUGAGCAGAUCAGGAGUCACCUGAACCCUGAGGUUCGAGAAAAAGAGAAAAACAAAGAGCGGGAAAGGGAUCAUUCUGAAUCCCGUAAGGAUACCAGCAUCGAUGAGCACAAAGUAAAGGACAACUAUAUAUCAGACAAAGACAGUCUGACUCAUGAGAACAGGCCAUUGGAGGAGUCUAAACAAGCAUCGAGGGUAUCUUCACCCUAUACCAGGCCACCUGUUGUGGAGAACACCAGGCCUAACAGCACCUCUAGCCGGGAUGCUGAGAAAAAGACUGAACCUGCAUAUGAGAACCUAAAGAAAUCCAGUGAAAUCAAAGUAAAAGAGGAAAGGAAGGAAGAUCACGAUAUUCCACCUGAGCCAUCACAGCCUCAUCGGCCGCCGGAGCAGCCACCACCAGUGCCCACGUCCAACGUUCACUCAGCCCCCUUGGUAUCAAUGCCUAUGACUGUCGGUGUCACUGGAAUCCAUCCCAUGAACAGUAUCAGUGGCCUAGACAGGACUCGCCUGAUGACACCUUUCAUGGGGAUCAGCCCAGUUCCAGGUGGGGAGCGUUUUCCUUACCCUUCCUUCCACUGGGAUCCAAUGAGGGAUGCUUACAGAGACUUGGACAUCCACCGGAGAGACCCUUUAGGAAGAGAGUUCCUCCUGAGGAGUGACCCGUUGCACCGUCUCUCUGCCCCCAGGCUGUACGAGGCAGAGAGGACUUUCAGGGACAGAGAGCCCCAUGACUACAAUCACCAUCAUCACGCCCUUUCAGUUGACCCUCGCCGUGAACAUGAGCGGGGGGCUCACUUGGAUGAAAGGGAGCGGUUACACAUGCUCAGAGAGGACUAUGAACAUGUACGACUUCACUCGGUUCACCAAGCAGCCCUGGAUGGCCACUUGCCUCACCCGGGCUUAAUAGCCCCAGGACUCCCAAGUAUGCACUAUCCCAGGGUCAGUCCCACAUCAGGACUUCCAAAUGGGAUUCUCAAUAAGACUCCCCCCACCGCAGCGCUGAGUGCCCCUCCCCCUUUAAUUUCCACUUUGGGACCUCGGCCCGGAUCCCCCCGAAGGACUACCCCUUUGUCCACAGAAAUGAGGGACCGGCCACCCUCCCACACACUGAAGGACAUAGAGGCACGAUAAGACGGGGAGCAGAGACCGUUAUUCCCUGGAAGUAUAUCUAAUCUUCUUACUCAAUAAGUGUAGACUUUGGUUAUGACCCGACUGUACAAAAUGUAUACAUCCACAUGUGCAAAGAUAGGUGUGUGGUUUGUUUGGGGUUUGUUUUUUUUAACCUGUUGAGUUGUAUAUUAUAUGUUGAAAACCAUUUCUAAAUGUUCAGAAAAAAAACGUUUGCAUACUUUCUUUACGUUUCCUUUCUAUCCGUUGGAAUAUGCGCAGGAACAAGGAAGAUUUGAAGUCAGUACUUUGGUUACGAAGAAGCAAAAAUUCUCUCUCCUUCCCUCUCAAAGCCAAGAUGUAGAAAACUAGAUCUGGUUUUGUUUCCCCCCCCCCCCCCCCUCUGUAAGCAUUUUUUAACCUGGGUUAAUGGGUCAUAUAUGCAAACUGGGUAAGAUGAAAGCUUUACUUUGUAAAUAUGUAAAUAGAAGAAGUUAAGUAACAUAAUGCAUUAAUACUUCUUAAACUGUGCUCUUUGCAGACUUUAAUUAUGUGGAGUUGGCUGCAACACUGAGUUGGCUGCAGCGCAUCUUUUGUUAAGACAGCUAAACCCCUUCAACUAUGCAAUGAAUUUUAUGGCUUUUCACAAAAGCCUCUUUAACUCAAAGGAGCCUUGUCAUAAACUCAACCACUCACUUAAAGUCAUACUUUCCCUGAACCAACUUGCACCUCCCUCUUACCUUUUUUGAUAAAGAAAUAAGCCAUCCUAACAUAGGACUUCAUUAGAAAACAAAACCUUGGUGUCCGGUGCUACUUGUUAUUUUCCACCAGUGCUUUUAUGUUGCACAACUGUUGUACAGUAUUCAGUCAUAUGCAUCCUUUAGUAGCCUUACUGGCUCACAUUUUACAGAUUAUGAGCUCAGUCCAAGGCAAUGGCUUGCCCAAACCUUAAGUAAGCAAGACUUGGUUUUGCAUCACCAAAAGCCCAAACCAGUUUUCUAUUCACUGUACUAGAUUGGCCCUCUCCAAUUUUCCCAUAUCUUGGCAAAGCAAGGACAGUAACGGUGAUGGAUGCUUUGUGUAAGGAUGUGUAGCAUAGCUCAGUUAUGCACGCAGCUCUUAACUCAGGUCAGUCCAUGGUCAACUCCCUCAAGCACCUUCAGUGCAUCUUUAGAUCUCUGGUCCAACUAAAGAGCCAUCAAAAUCCCAGGACAAGAUGCAAUUCAACCCAUGAGAUCAUCUUUAUGGACACUUGGCUUAAAGAGUGCGUUGAACAGUUGCCAAGUGGGCAUAACCUAAUGGCCGGUUGCUCGUUGCAUCUUACUGUUCCAUGCCUCUGUUUUUCCAAAGGUGGUGAGUCACUAGGGAAUGAAAAUAGUUGCUCUUGAAGCAUCUAAAUGUGAACUUUAAAGGGUAUUGCAGUACUGGGAAGAAGGUAAGAACUUCACACCGAUCGUGCAACAUUUAGGGAGUCGCCUUAUCGACUUCACUCCGCAGAGUAUGAAGACAAUACAGCCCUGAAACUAUCCACAGAGCAGGACAGUUUUACAAUGCACAAAAAAGAACAGUCUGCAAACGUUAAUAAUAUUUAUAAUAAUGGAACUAGCGUGUUGUCAUUUGCUUCCUCUUGUGGUAGAGUUGCUUUCCGUUUCCGGAAGUUCUUGGGCUUGUUCUGUAGAGUACCAGUUUGUAAUCAGGCGUCAUAGUAAUAUUAAUACUUGUCGUUUCUUAAAUGCCACGUGUUAUGAACACAUUACCUCUGGGUUGAUGUGCAGUAGCCGCUCUCCUUGGACAUCUCUGAGGAUUUUGAAUAUCAUUUAUGUUUCAGAGGAGGGGGGAACGCCAUUUGUGGCUCUUAGUUUGGGUUCUGUGCUAAUUUCCUCUUUUCCCAUUUCCCCGUUCUACUAACCCAUCUAACUGGGGACUAUGCCUAGUAAGCAUACAUAGGAGUGUGCUGGGGGCUAUUCAGAAACAAAGGACAUGUUUGCAUAAUGCAUUAAUAUUGCUGCUGUUGGGCCUCCUGAUUUGUUGGACGACAACUCCCAUUGGCCUGUUAAAGACUGCCAAAAUAAAGCUGCUUCGGGUCUCUUUGGAGGUAUGCUGUUUAAAUGAU